UCGUCCUCUCUAGGUUCAGUUUGUAUUUCUGUCCUUAAACUACCUGCCCCGCUAAUCAUUUUGUUUCUAGCCGUAUACGAUCUCCAACCGGGGGGAAGACAGACACAACUCUGACAGGGCUGAAACCGGUUGUGUCAAGCCAUGGCAUUCAGUAAAGGUUAUCGUAUUUAUCAUAAGCUGGAUCCACCUCCAUACAGUGUGAUCGUGGAGACCAGAAACCGAGAGGAAUGCUUGAUGUUCGAGUCUGGAGCCGUUGCUGUACUGUCGGCGGCGGAGAAAGAGACUAUUAAAACGGCAUACACCAAGAUGCUGGAUGCUUAUGGGAUCUUGGGAGUUCUUCGUCUUAACCUUGGGGAUUCUAUGCUGCACAGCCUGGUGGUCGUAACAGGUUGCAGUUCAGUGGGAAAAGUCCAGGAUUCAGAAGUUUUUCGGGUAACAGGUACUGACUUCGUCUCUCUAAAAAACGACCCCUCGGAUGAGGACCGCAUCGCUGAUGUCAGGAAAGUCCUAAACUCUGGCAACUUCUAUUUUGCCUGGUCCUCCACCGGAGUGAGUCUGGACCUCAGCUUGAACGCACACCGCAGAAUCAGAGAAGAUACAUCUGAUAAUCGUUUUUUCUGGAAUCAGUCCCUUCAUCUCCAUCUCAAGCAUUAUGGGGUGAACUGUGAUGACUGGCUACUGAGGUUGAUGUGUGGCGGAGUGGAGAUCCGCACUAUAUACGCUGGGCACAAGCAGGCCAAAGCUUGCGUGAUCUCUCGGCUCAGCUCAGAGAGAGCAGGCACGCGUUUCAAUGUCCGAGGCACAAACGACGACGGCCAGGUGGCCAACUUUGUGGAGACUGAGCAGGUUAUUUUCCUUGAUGACAAAGUAUCCUCCUUCAUUCAGAUCCGAGGGUCAAUACCGCUGUUCUGGGAGCAGCCGGGAAUUCAGGUCGGAUCCCAUCGUGUUAAACUGUCUCGUGGUUUUGAAGCAAACGCACCGGCUUUUGAGAGACACUUUAGUGCUCUGAGGAGGCUGUAUGGCAAACAGGUGAUCAUCAACCUGCUGGGUAUGAAGGAGGGUGAACACAUGCUCAGCAAAGCAUUCCAGAGUCACCUGAAAGCUUCGGAGCAUUCAAACGCUGUGAGAAUGUUGAACUUUGACUAUCAUCAGAUGGUUAAAGGUGGGAAGACUGACAAGCUCAGCACUGUCCUGAAACCUCAGAUCAACAAGUUUCUGGAGGAAUGUGGUUUCUUCUACUACUCAGGGGAUGCCGGCAUUCAGAGAUGUCAAAGUGGGACCAUUCGUUCCAAUUGUCUGGACUGCUUGGACCGAACAAACAGCGUCCAGGCCUUUAUUGCACUUGAGAUGCUUCCAAAACAAUUGGAAGACAUGGGUUUGACUGAGAAGCCUCAGCUGGUUGCGCGCUUUCAGGAGGUUUUCCGCUCCAUGUGGUCCACUAAUGGAGACUCGAUCAGCAAGAUCUAUGCAGGCACUGGUGCUCUGGAUGGCAAGGCUAAGGGUGGAAAGCUAAAAGACGGAGCUCGCUCGGUCACCAGAACCAUUCAGAACAACUUCUUUGACAGCUCUAAACAGGAAGCCAUUGACAUCCUGAGACUGGGCAGCACCCUAAACAGUGACCUGGCAGAUAAGGCACGAGCCCUCCUCACAACCAGCAGCCUGUAUGUCUCUGAGCCCAUUUUACAGUCAGCCUCUCCCAGAGUGCUUCUGGGCAUGUGUCAGAACCACUACAAGUACACACGUCCCAAGAAGAUCAGAGUGUGUGUGGGUACGUGGAACGUGAAUGGGGGCAAGCAGUUCCGCAGUAUUGCGUUUCGUAACCACACGCUCAACGACUGGCUCCUGGAUGCCCCUAAGAAAGCCGGCCACCCAGAUUUCCAGGAUGGAAAAUCCAGUCCGGUGGACAUCUUUGCUAUUGGCUUUGAGGAAAUGGUGGAGCUGAAUGCUGGAAAUAUCGUCAGCGCAAGCACUACUAAUCAAAAGCUGUGGGCUGCAGAACUUCAGAAAAAUAUCUCACGAGAUCACAAAUAUGUGCUUCUGGCCUCAGAGCAGCUGGUGGGUGUGUGUCUGUUCGUCUUCAUACGCCCUCAGCAUGCACCAUUCAUCAGGGACGUUGCUGUGGACACAGUGAAGACUGGCAUGGGCGGAGCCACUGGUAAUAAAGGGGGUGUGGCUAUUCGCAUGCUCUUCCACACCACCAGCAUCUGCUUUUUGUGCUCACACUUUGCCGCUGGCCAAUCACAGGUCAAAGAGAGGAACGACGACUACAAUGAAAUUACACGCAAACUGUCCUUCCCUAUGGGCCGUCUCCUGUACUCCCAUGAUUAUGUAUUCUGGUGCGGAGACUUCAACUACCGAAUAAAUAUUCCUAAUGAAGAGACGAAAGAGCUGAUCAGACAGCAAAAUUGGGAUGCACUGAUUGCUGGAGAUCAACUGGUGGAGCAAAAGAAUGCUGGACAGGUUUUUAGAGGCUUUAUUGAAGGGAAGCUGGAUUUCGCCCCCACUUACAAAUAUGACCUGUUUUCGGAAGACUACGACACCAGUGAGAAAUGCCGCACGCCGGCCUGGACUGACCGUGUGCUGUGGAGGAGAAGAAAGUGGAACUUUGAUAAAACUGCGGAAGAGUUGGAGUUGAAUGUAGUAGGAGCCCCAGUGAAUGAGGAAGAUCAGUACCCAUGGAGCCCUGGAGAGCUCAAGUAUUAUGGUAGAGCAGAGCUCAAAACCUCUGAUCACAGGCCUGUAGUGGCCAUCAUAGAUGUGGACAUACUUGAGGUGGAUCCAGAGGCCAGACAUCAGGUGUAUAAGGAAGUGAUUGCCCUGCAGGGUCCACCAGAUGGCACCAUCCUCGUCUCUCUCUGCACAUCCGGUCCAGAUGACUACUUUGAUGAUGCACUGAUCGAUGACCUGUUAGAGAAGUUUGCUCAGUUUGGCGAGGUUAUUCUUAUCAGGUUUGUUGAAGAGAAAAUGUGGGUGACAUUUUUGGAGGGAUACUCUGCUCUGGCAGCUCUGUCUUUGAGUGGCUCUACUGUGAAUGGAAAGACCAUAGACAUCCGUCUGAGGAGUCCUGGUUGGAUCAAGAGUCUAGAAGAGGAAAUGAGUGUAGAGAGAAUCUGCGGUAGCAUCCCAACAUCUACCAGCUCCACCCUGCUGGCAGAAAACUCUGACAUGGGAGAAGAGUAUGACAUGGAAGGUGAUGUGGACGAGGAGGUUGAGGAUAUUUUACCCCAGCACCUGCAGCCUGGAGCAGGCAUGGAUCUAGGCGCGUCCCCUGCCACAUCCCCACGCACCAGCCCUUGCCCCUCUCCUACCCACGGAGAGCCUGCGCCCCCCAUCCGCCCCAGCAGAGCCCCUCCACGCACAGCUGGACCACCACAGGGAGGAUUAAGCCCAGCAUCCAUUAGAAGGGAACUGGCAGGUUCUCCUGUUGAUGGUCAGCCAGCUGGAGCUCCCUCACCACUAGAGCCAAAACGCCCUCCUCCUCCACGCCCCAAUGCCCCACCACCCCGACCUGCACCUCCACAGCGCCCACCACCACCCUCAGGACAAAAAAGCCCAGCUUUAGCACGUGCAGAUGCAGCUGGUCGAGGUCAAGCCGUUGGAUCAGCCCCUGGAGGCGCCCCACGGCCGAUCCCACCUCGAGCAGGAGUCAUCAGCGUCCCUCCUCAGGCUAGACCUCCUCCUCCUGCUCAUCCCGGGGCCCCCAGACCCAUAGCAGAGGUGCAUCCUGGGGCCCCGCGACCCUCACCUGAUAAUCACCCUGGAGCACCAAGACCCGUUCCUGAACCCCAAAGCAAACCAUCUGAACUGCCUCUGGGUCCACCCCCAACACUGCCAGGACCCAUGAGGCCUCAGAUGACAUCACCCAUGCAGCCUCAGGUUGUUUUGCCAAUGCAGCCUCCAGUCCAAGCCCAACCGCCCCCACCUAUACAAGCCCAGCUCCCUCCACCAAUGCAGCCCACCUUACCUGCCCCGCUGGUGCCUCAGCCUGCUCCUCAAGCGUCUGCUGGAGCCGCUGCCGCUCCUCAGCCCGGACUGGCAUCUCCCAAGCCUCCACCCCGGAGCCGAUCCUCUCACGCACUGCCACCUGAGUCUGCUCCUGCUCCUACAUCUCAGGCCAAGGACAUGAAUGGCAUCCAAAGAGAAGCACAAUGGAAACUAGACCCCUUCGACAUGCUUAACAGCCAGUCCCUUUUCCAGAACACAUCGUUCUCCACUUCCCUCCCUCGCUCCUCUUCCUCAUCCACCCCCUCACCUUCUUCUUCCUCCACGUUACCCAGUUCCCUCUCCUUAUUCUCAGCUUCGGACACCAGCAGCACUCCAUGUCUCCUGGUUCCCCCCGUCCCCUCCCGCAGUAAAUCCCAAGAGACCCUUCGUUCGUCCCCCAAUCCGUUCCUCACAGAAGCCCAACCCAGACCCAACAGCACCAACCCUUUCACCGGCAACCUACUGUCCUCCCCACGCCGAUCGCUCACGCCCGAUUUCUACACCCAGCAGCAGGCCCAAGAGGCCAGGUCGGGCCUCAACAGGGCCAUGUCUGCUGUCGUUCACAGUUCAACCCUUCCAUCAUCGUUCUCCAGACAACAAUCCUUAGUUCCUGCCCCAGCAGCAGCCCCAGUCAAACAAACCCAAAAGUGGGUCACAUUCGAUGAUGAUUCAGACUUUUUUUCAAGUGCGCCUCCAUCCGCUGGUGGGACCGGCCCACCGCUUAUACCCACAGCCUCAUCCCUUCUCUUCCAACAACCCCAGAGCAGCUUCCCCAGCUCAGGCUUUGGCAUGGACAGCAACUGGGCGUCGCAUGCCACUCCUGCAUUUCCCACGAUCCCCCCUCCGAUCUCAACCAGGACUAAUACCAGCAUCAAAAACACCCACAUCCCUUCCAGGAACGAAUUUACAGAAAGGUGAUACAGCAGAGAACGUGUAUGUAAAAUACAGAGAAAAUUUUAUUGUGUAUCUAUAAUACAUGUAUGGUUUGUAUAAAAGUUUGGUGUUGGAAGUGUUUGUCCGAAAUAAAUCUGGCUGUUUCUUUUAGCCCAACGUAGAUGGGAAACCAAGAGGAUAUCAACACAGUAUGUUAGUUUGGGCAAAAAAACAGUCAUUUGCGUAUUAACCUGCAUAUACACACGUCUGUGUGUAACAUUUUACACUUCAUUGGCCAGAUUUAGUAUAUUAUACAUCAAUCCACAAAUCAUUCAGACUUAAAGGGACAGUUUACCCAAAAAUGAAAAUUCAGUCAGUAAUUACUCACCCUCAUGUCGUUCCAAACUUGAGAGACCUUUGUUCAUCUUCGGAACACAAAUGAAGAUAUUUUUUAUGAAAUCCGAGAGCUUUCUGAGUCUGCAUAGACAGCAAUGGACUUGACACAUUCAAGGCCUACAAAAGUAGUAAGAACUUUUUAAGAAUACUUUUUGUGUGCAAAGAAAACAAAAAUACAUUUAUUUGACGUAAACAUGCGUCAAAGACUGACGCUGACUUUUUGAAUAAAGUCAUAAUUUUUGUUUUUUUUAUGUGCAAAUAGUAUUCUCUGAGCUUCAUAACAUUACGAUUGAACCACUGAUGUCACAUGGACUAUUUUAAUGAUGUCCUUACUACUUUUCUGGGCCUUAAACGUGUCAGUUGCAUUGCUGUCUAUGCAGGGUCAGAAAGCUUUUGGAUUUCAUCAAAAAUAUAUUUUUUAAUUUUAAUUUGUGUAGUGAAGAUGAACGAAGGUCUUACAGAUUUGGAACGACAUGAGGGUGAGUAAUGACAGAAUUUUAAUUUUUGGGUGAACUAUCCACUGCAUAUACACACACAUGUGUGUGUAACAUUUUACAAUUCAGUGGUCAGAUUUAUUAUAUUACACAGUAGACCGUAAAUCAUUCAGCUUUAAGCCACAUGAUCAGAUGUAAAAAAUGUACAAGUAUUAAAUUAUAUAUCUCACUGUGAUUUCAAUUUCAUCCUUUACUUGCCCUCAUGUUGGAACACAAAAGAUAUUUUGAAAAUGUAUUUUUGUUUUUGUCCGUACAGUGGAACUCACUGAGGUCUAAAUAGGUUAUUUUGGACCCCAUUGACUUUCAUUAUAUGGACAAAACUGCUUCAAACAUUUUUCAAUAUACAGUUGAGGUCAAAAAUUUACAUACACCUUGCAGAAUCAGCAAAAUGUUAAUUAUUUUAUCAAAAUAAGAGGGAUCAUACAAAAUGCAUGUUAUUUUUUUUUUUUAUUUAGUAUUGAUCUGAAUAAGAUAUUUCACAUAGAAAAUGUUUACAUACAUAGUCCACAAGAGAAAAUAGUUUAAUUUAAUUUAUAAAAAUGACCCUGUUCAAAAGUUUACAUACACUUGAUUCUUUAUACUGUGUUGUUACCUGAAUGAUCCACAGCUGUUUGUUGUUGUUGUUUUUACUUCUGUUUAAUGAUCCCUUGUUUGUCCUGAACAGUUAAACUGCCCACUGUUCUGCAGAAAAAAUCCUUCAGGUCCCACAAAUUUGUUUUUUUUUCAACAUUUUGUGUAUUUGAACCCUUUUCAACAACGAUUGUAUGAUUUUAAGAUCCAUCUUUUCACACUGAGGACAACUGAAGGACUCAUAUGCAACUAUUACAGAAGGUUCUGAUGUGCAAGAAGGAAAAAUGAUGCAUUAAGAGCCAUUUUUGAAAAGAAUGAAGAUGUUUACAUGUCUUAUUUUGCCUAAAUAUAUAUAUUUUUUCAUUUAGUACUGCCCUUCAGAAGCUACAUGCUUGCAUGUUUCCCAGAAUAUACAAAGCAAGUUACAUUUACCCUGAUCUUCAAAUUCAAAAAGUUUUCACCCCCCAGCUCUUAAUACAUCGGUUUUCCUUCUGGAGCAUCAGUGAGCGUUUGAACCUUCUGUAAUAGUUGCAUGAGUCCCUAAGUUGUCCUCAAGGUGAAAAGAUGGAUCUCAAAAUCAUACAGUCAUUGGAAAGGGUACAAAUACAUAAAAAUGCUGAAAAAGCAAAGAAUUUGUGGAACCUGAAGGAUUUUUUUGAAGUAACUUUUCACCCGUGAACAACUAUCACUGAACAAAAAAACAAAACAAACAACAGCUGUGGAUCAUUCAGGUAACAACACAGUAUUAAGAAUCAAGUGUAUGUAAACUUUUGAACAGCGUAAUUUUUAGAAAUUCAAUAUAUGUAAAUGUCUUAUAUGUGAAAUAUCUUAUUCAGGUCAGUACUAAAUAAAAAAAAUAACGUGUUUUGUAUGAUCCCUCUUAUUUUGGUAAAAUAAUGAACACUUUGCAGAUUCUGCAAGGUGUAUGUCAACUUUUGACCUCGAAAGAGCAUUAAACAGGUUUGUAAUGACAUGAGAGUGAGUAAAUGAUUUUUGAAAUCAUUUUUGGUGAACUAUCCCUUUAUUCUGUAACCCAAUGCAAACUUAUUAUCAAACGCACAGAUUUAAAAUGCCUGGCUGUGUCCGACGUGUGUUCUAAGCCGUCAUAUCCAUAAAAUUAAAUUUUUUUGUUGUUAAACUAAUUAUGAAUGUAUCUUUUAACUGUUUCUAUGGCCUACAUUUAUUUCCAGCAGUAACUGUCGCUGUGCUUUACUGCAUACUCAAAUCAAGGGUCUUAUUUUUCUGGAUGUUCACGCAAAAGACCCCCUCCCGCCCCCCGUGCAUCCUGUAGCACGAGCGAUGUGCUUAGCUUGUCGAAAUAUAUCUUCUAUACAUAUUCAUAGUGAUUAUAUAUGUCUUCCUAGUGGGAAAAAUGUAAAGUAGUUCUGAAUUGUGAUUAUAUUUACAGCGUAUACAUGCCAUAUCUAAAGUGCACUGAAGAGCUUUAUCCUCUAGGCUUUCAAACGCACACUUUUCGAGUGGUAUUUGUUCGUGUGAGGGUCACGGCGGCUCCUCUCAUUCAUCAAUACAUGUGCUUUCAGUUCAUCUGAUCCAAAGCUCACGACAGAACUGCUGUAUUUAACAAAUGUGUUGUGUGUGUGUGUGUUUGAUUUGGUGGGUUCCUCCUUCAGGAUGUUGGUCAUGCUUCUUUCUUUGGUGCAAUGUGUACUUACUCGCUCAAUGAAAUCGUAUUUUUUAAUUUCGAUGAACAGGCUGUUGAUAAAUCUAUUUAUUGUUGUGUGGAGGAAUACUGUGCUGUAUUUUGGAGUGCGCCGUCUGUUUCUGUGUAUUUUAGCUGUUCGUGUGAGUGCGCUUGCGUUGUCAUAUUGAGGGAUUCGGAUAUUGUACGAGUCGGCUGACCCCAGUCAUUAUAGCAUUAUGUCUUCAGACUGUUUUAGAGAGAAAUGUUUAUCAAAUCUAGUAUAAUCUUGAGAGGACAGCAGACUGAACACAAAAAGACGUGUAAGUUUUGAAACGAUGCCUUGUUGAUUAAAAGUCUCAAACGUUUAAAGGCCCCAAAGGCAUUUAUUUGAUUCUGGGGAAGCAUAUCAUGGUUCAGCCUCAGUUGUUUUUGUUAAUUGUAUAGCAUUCCAGACUGUACUGAUGCAUUAUGGAUGAAUGAUCAGCCUUCAGGCACUUAUUUUAUGCGUGCAGUUGUUUUACUCAUGUUAUGCAGGUUUUUAAAUGUCCCACGAGGGCAUAAUGAAAUGAUUGAUUCUUGGUUAAAGUGUAUGUAUUUCAGGAAAGCAGUAUUUUACUUGCGUUUUUGUUCCUUGUUUACAUUUUAGGUACCAAUUUAUCAUUUGCAUAGCUGUUUAAAUGUUUGGCUGGGACGUGUUGAGCAACAUAUUUUUGCUUUGAGCAUUACAGAUUUAUUUUGAAGCUGAAAAGCACUGGAAAGUUUGUUUUUGGGGUUUGGUUGUGGAAGGGGUCAGAAGAAGCCAGCCAGCAAGAUUAAUGCAUGUGAAAACCAUUCCAAAAUGCAUUCCAAAGCACUAACUGUGAAUAUCGCCAGAAUACAGACAAGUAUCAGGUUGUGCAUAAUAUAUCUAUUUUUUUUCUUUCGAUGACUGAUGAACACAAUGUAACCACUUAACAUUCAAAGGCAUUAGAAGUCAUGUGUUCCGUAUGUAAUGAAAGCGUUGAACCUGACAUUGCUAGCGCAACUUGAGAAGCAAGGUUUUAUAGGAAUUAACUCCUUUUGUGAAGUUAAUGUUCCUUUGUAGCUUUUAGCCCAGUAGUAAACAGAAGUCUGUGGUAUUAACCUUAUAUGUAUGUAUACACAAACCACAAAACUGCAAUCCGUAACGAGUACUCGAUCUGUAAUUUAAGUGCAUACCAAAAGUGCACAUUUAUGUAUGGAGCAAUUGAUGUUGUAUGUAUGCAAUAAUAAAUGUAAUUCAACAUGAAA